UUCCGUUGUCAGGUGGCGGCGCCGCAGCCAUGGAGGGAGGCGGCGGCGGCAGCUCUGGCGGCUGCGCUGGGAAGCGGCGGUGAGCGGCUCCCACGCCCCCGGCCCGGCCCCGGCCACCGGGACGGAGCGCCGAGCAGCCCCGACUCUGGGCUGCGGACUAUGGGCAAGCAGCGCUGAUUCCCCGGGAAAGAACUGAGAAUGAAGCGGAGAGCAUCAGACAGAGGAGCUGGGGAGACGUCGGCCAAGGCCAAGGCUCUAGGGACUGGCAUUGCUGGAAAUAAUGCAAAGAGAGCGGGACCAUUCAUCCUGGGUCCCCGCCUGGGCAACUCACCAGUACCGAGCAUUGUGCAGUGUUUGGCAAGGAAAGAUGGCACAGAUGACUUCUAUCAGUUGAAGAUCCUCACCCUUGAGGAGAGGGGCGAGCAAGGAAUAGAGAGCCAAGAGGAAAGGCAGGGCAAGAUGCUGCUGCAUACCGAGUACUCGCUGCUCUCGCUGCUACACACACAGGAUGGCGUGGUCCACCACCAUGGACUCUUCCAGGACCGCACCUGUGAAGCCGUCGAGGACACAGAGUCUGGUCGGAUGGUAAAGAAGAUGAAGAAACGCAUUUGCCUCGUCCUUGACUGCCUCUGUGCACACGACUUCAGUGACAAGACUGCUGACCUCAUCAACCUGCAGCACUAUGUCAUCAAGGAGAAGAGGCUCAGUGAGCGAGAGACUGUGGUCAUUUUCUAUGACGUGGUCCGGGUGGUGGAAGCCCUGCACCAGAAAAACAUCGUGCACAGAGACCUGAAGCUUGGGAACAUGGUGCUCAAUAAAAGGACCCAUCGGAUAACUAUCACCAACUUCUGCCUUGGGAAGCACCUUGUGAGUGAGGGGGACCUGCUGAAGGACCAGAGGGGGAGCCCUGCCUACAUCAGUCCUGAUGUGCUCAGUGGCCGGCCGUACCGCGGGAAGCCUAGCGACAUGUGGGCCUUGGGCGUGGUGCUGUUCACUAUGCUCUACGGCCAGUUCCCCUUCUACGACAGCAUCCCGCAGGAGCUCUUCCGCAAGAUCAAGGCGGCCGAGUACACCAUCCCUGAGGAUGGGAGAGUCUCCGAGAACACAGUGUGUCUUAUCCGGAAACUGCUGGUCCUUGACCCCCAGCAGCGCCUGGCUGCUGCCGAUGUCCUGGAGGCCCUCAGUGCCAUCAUUGCAUCUUGGCAGUCCCUGUCCUCUCUGAGUGGCCCUUUGCAAGUGGUUCCUGACAUCGAUGACCAAAUGAGCAGCUCUGACAGCUCCCAGGAGGCAAAGGUGACAGAGGAGUGCUCCCAGUACGAGUUUGAGAACUACAUGCGACAGCAGCUGCUGCUGGCAGAAGAGAAGAGCUCCAUCCAUGAGGCCCGGGCCUGGGUGCCCAAGCGGCAGUUCGGUAGCAUGCCACCGGUCCGACGGCUAGGCCACGACGCACAGCCAAUGACCUCCUUGGACACAGCCAUCCUGGCACAACGCUAUCUGCGGAAAUAGUGCCCUCAGCUAGGGCACUGGCCCAGCACACCUCUUCUCGCCCACCUGAGGCCCAGCCGUCGGGCCUGCCUGGGCCCGUGCCCAGCAGUGCUGGACUGAUUAUCCCAGGCUGCAGUAGGAACAGGGCACGGAUAGGGACAGCCCAGGUCACAGCCAGGGUCAACAGAGGUACCACAAAGCUACCUUUGGGAUGAUUGCUUGAUUGUUUUUUUAUCUGAGAAUUCUAGAUAGAUACCUACUCUGCUUUUAAUCAUGACAUUUUAAUCUACCUCUGUCUCUUUAACCACGCUGUCUCUGGACUGAGUGUUGGGAGGGAAGAGGGGAGUCUACGCUCCCAACCCAGGCACUGGAACAGCUGCAGCCUGGCCCGGCCACUGACCCCACAGUCCAUGUAAGCUGACCACGCAGCUCGCUGCUGGCCCCCAGUAGGCACCCCUUCCCACUGUCCACUACCCGUCCCCUGGGGCCUGCCCUCAGUCUAAGCUUUGGAACACUCUCACCUCACCUGCCCAAGUCAAAUCUAUUUAUUUUUUUACUGAACCCAACUUCUAUCUCUAGGUUCAGCCCAUGGCCGCUCCGGGCCUGAGCCUGGCUGAAUAGCAGGGCCCAUGUGGAGGCUCCCUUCUCACCCCAGGCACCUAGGAGCCCUCUUGCCAGUUCUCUCUCUGCUCUGUUUCCAGACCUGUCUCUCUAUCUGUCCUGGCAGCUUCUCUGAGGUGCUGCUCGUUCGCAUUAGUCCCGCCUCCAUCUUUCACGUGGUACCCAGGUAUAUGUGGACAUAGUGUGAAGGGACCUGCGGCCACCGGAGGAUGCUCUGGGCCUACUGAGGACAGGCCACUUGUGCUCAGAGAUCCUCACCGUGCCACAGAAGUGGUGCCUCUCCCAGAAGACUCUGGGCAGAUACCUACUUGGGGGUAGGACUUGGAGAGAAAUCUGUAGGGAUGGGGACCUACCUACCUUCCUGGCUUGAGAACAGCCCUGCUACCCUUUUUGAGCCGAAAUUUUGAAGUGGAUGCCCGUCUUGCCAGAAACGCUGUUCUCUCCAGAGUACCCUCCCUGCACUGGACUUGGCGCACCCAGUACCAAGCAAAGACCCAACUCUGGAGGCCUCCAUCCUGUGUCCCCUCAGAGAGGGCCAUGUCACCCUCCUGGUAGGUAGUCCUCGACCCCUCCUGCCCCUUGCUCUCCAAUGGGGAGACCAUGUUUCCUAGAGUGUGAGCUGCCCCUCACCCCCUGAUAAGCUGACUCACUGUGAGUGACCUUGGGCAAGUCCCCAAACCUUGUGCCUCAGUUUCCCCAUCUGGAAAAAAUGGGGCCACCUCUUGCCAGCAGUAGCAGGGCUGCCCAUGCCCCUUCCUCCCCAUGCCCCAUAUCCAGCCCUGGGCUCCCGUGCCUCUUUUGCUGGGUCUGUGGAGCCCACCUGAGCCCAGCAGUUAACUCCCCUAGCACUCAGCUCUGCCUCUAGUUCAGCCGUCCGGCCACUGAGAGUCAGGGCAUGGUGCUGCGGGGGAGGGCUCUUUUCUAUAUUUAUUUGAUAGCGAUAAGUCUCUGAAGGGAGUGGAAAUGCAGUCUGCCUGGGCCCCUAGCCCAUGAUUGCCCUCCAGUGAGGCUCUGAGGCCUGGCUAGGGCCCUCCUGGGCAGAGCCCCUGCCUAGCUCCUCAGGCCUGAUGCCACAUGCCCUCCUUUUAAAAGCAAUACCUUCAGGUCUGCCACGCCAUCAGCCAGCCUGGUUCCUUCUGAGGGCAGCCUGGGUCUGGUGGUAUUUCUGGCGGUGCAGAUGAGGGGAGGGUGGUGCCCUCGCUGCUGUCAGGCACUGAGAAGUCCUGUUGUAAAGAAAAACAAAAACAAAAAAACAAAACAAAAUGGAAAAAGUCACAAAAAAGUUUGUAUAAAGACGUAUUUUUGUACUACAUGGGGACUCUUCCUGCAUGUCAGCAAUAAAACUUCCUGAUCUGGA